AUGACAACAAUUCUGCAAAGAUGAGUGGGCCAAAAUGAGUAAGAGACUCAUUGCAAGUUAUCACAAACAUUUGAUUGCAGAUGUUGCUACUGAGGGUGGCCAACCAGUUAUUAGGUUUAGGGGGUAAUCACUUUUUAACACAGGGUUAAUGUAGAUUGGGAUUUAUUUUCAUCCUUAAUAAUGAAAAGUUUCAUUAUUGUGUUGAGUUGUGUUGUCAUUGAUCUGAAAAUGUUUUGUGUCUAAUUGUGGUUGUUGCAAUGUGUGGUGCUGUUUCCAAUUUUUGGGAGGCUUAAUUGCCUGUGUGGCUUAAUCAGGUUGAAAGUAUUAAAAACAUCUCGGUAUGAAUUAGUAAAAACUGUUUAUUAUUGUUGCAGUUGUGUUUAAGGAAGUAUGUUGUCCACAUACUUUUGUCCAUGUGGCGUGUUCCUCAGUUUUCCAGUCACAUCGCAGCCAGCCCCCAUUAGAAACCCUCCCCUUCUCCGUCUUAUUUCUCGCUCUGCCUCCCUCCAGCGCUCUCACUCACUCCAGCCUCUGAUUGGCUGCCGCCUGCCUGGCUCUUUAUGAAUUGAGCUGCGGUGCUUGGAUGUGACUGGCUGGUUGCUAAUCAACACAACGAGCUAUCUCUCUCACAUACACACUCACACACGCAUGCUAACUGACACGCUAACAUAUGAUUAGCCAACAGCUCACGUAAGCAAGGUGCAGUGAUGCUCCCUCCCUCUCUCUCUCUCUCUCUCUCUCUUUCUCUCUCUAUUGCUCAAUGUUUCUCUGUCUGACUGACAUACUCAGCCUCGCACUCAUGGGAUGCAGGCGCCGCCGGGUGAUGCUGUGACGCCUUUUUGCCUCAGUCGCACACACACCUCUGUCUUUUUUGUCUUUCACUCCCUGCGUUGCCUCUUGUGUGUCGGUGGAAUGCCACUGCUGUGAUGUUUUGGGACAGGAAGAAUAGUAUGGGCAAUUCCCAAAAACGGCCCAAAGGGAGACACAGACCCAAAUCGGCAACAGCCACCAGCGGACUCGAGGCGGAGGGCGCCAGGCGUGGAGGCAGCAGCAGCAGCAGCAGCCGCGGCAACGACGCUAACCACGGCAGUAGCGGCGGCGGACGAGGAGGAAGCGGCGGCGGCGGCGGUGGCGGCAACGGCACGGCCCACUUCAGGUCUCCAUGGCAACAGAGCGUGAACGUGUUUGGCUCGUGGAGCAGGCCCGAGUGUGUCGAAGAGCUGCACCAGCAGGCGCAGCUUAACCUCCAGAGCCUGCUGCAAGACUUUGAGGAGCAGCUCUACGACGCCAAGUUGACCGGUCAGACAUUCCGCCAUCCACCCUCGCAGAGCUCCGACGACGCGUCCGUCUCUUACUCCCCCGGCUCUCCCGGCAACAAGCGGCCCGACUUCAUCUUCCUGCCUGCAUCCAAGCAGCUCUACGAGGACGAGACCGCCACCUCGGUCUUUGGACUGAGGUCCCUUGCCAACCCGUCCCCAUCACUGUCGCCAUCCCCUUGCGAGUCAGACUGCCCCCCGGUGGGUUGGACUAGGGGACCACCCGUGGCGGAGAAACCUCGCUGGCACCUCGGCAGGCGCACAGGUGAAGGCAAAUUCCAUGGUGUGGACCUCCUGCAGCACUCGACGUCCCCGUCCCCCUCUCCAGCGGAGCAUUUCCACCAGCCCCGCUCCCUGGAGCCUGUCACGGACACCCCUCACCAGAGCCUUGCCCUGAGGAAGAUACACUCCGACCUUGACGGCAGCUCGCCUGCAGAGAACAUCGUGGAGCGACCAGGAAGCAUGGACCACUCUGGACUAAUUUUCUCCAACACUCCCUCCACCACAUGGAAUGGACCUAAAGGCUCCACCUUCUCUCCCGCAGAGUGGAACGAGCCUUACAACUACAGUGUGAAGAAAGGUCCAGCAGUCCCACCGAAACAGCACAGCAUCAUUGGUCACACAGGAGGUGGGCCUCAGGAAGGCGUGAUGUUAGUAAGCUCGGGACACUUGGCCAGCUCACAGUCAUUCUCAACCACGUCAGAUGCUUCUGGGAGACGAGGGCACAAUACGCAAGGGAUGUCACUGGCAGCUGUCAUGAUGGGGAGGCGCAGUGAAACAGAGGGGGCCACGGCAGAUGGAGGUAGAGGUGCGGGAGGAGGGUGCGGCGGUGGAGAAGUGGGGAAGGGAAGGGAGAUGUCGGCGCGCUCCAUCGCGGCAGCAAAUGCAUUCAAGUUCCGGGAACGUUCUCUCUCCACACCCACAGACUCUGGCUCCUUUUGCUUUACUGAGAUUGGCACAGACCAAUCAGACGGGACUCUUUCAUCCGCAGGGAACGGGAACGUCUCCAUAGCUACAGAGCACCAACGGCAACAUCAUAACUUCAUGGGUUUGGGCGAGAACUACGCUCUCCUCUAUCCCAGAGGAAGUUCUGAGGACAGUGCCAGUACCACUGACACCAUUUCUGUUACAGCUUCCGACUACGGUACCGAAGGACGCUUGCGCAUGCGUUCGCGGUCCAUUUCUCUCAAAAAGUCCAAACGCAAGCCUCCGCCUCCAGUGAGGAGCGUGUCCCUUGUGAAGAAUCUUGGCAAGGCUGAAGGAAGGAUCCACCAUGGGGGCGCUCUGCAUCGAGAUGGCCGGCCAAAGAGCCUGCACAUCCCGAGAGACCACUUCCCGGACUUCCAGCCAGACUUCCUUUUGCCCAGCUCGUCCUGCUCCUCCAAAUCAGGCACUCAGCAUGGGGAGCAGGGAAGCCGGGCAGGCUGCGACGGACCUCCGAACCUGGAAGUGCAUCCACCAGAGAGAGAGGCGGAUGUAACUUUCCCACCUCACUGGCAGCUCGGGGAUUGGAAGAACAAUGACCCCUACAGAUCUUUAUCAGGCUCCAGCACAGCAACAGGUACCACCGUGAUUGAAUGUAUGAAAGUCAGAGGCAGCUCAGAGUCGUUAGACUCCCCUUCCACUUCCAGAGCCACGUCACCCUCGCAGCUCCUCACAGAAACAGACAUCAAGCCCUCCUCUCCCUUCAAACCCCCAGGACUUAUGUCCCCGUCGAGUGGAUAUUCCAGCCAGUCCGAAACUCCAACCCCGACCGUGCCGCUCAGUCAUGCAGCAGGUCCAGGUGGAGUCGGUUCUGUGGGGAUAUCAGGGUGUAAGAUGCGGCCUAAGAUCCCUGAAAGGAAAUCUUCGCUACCGUCACCAAAGGAUCCUGCUGCCAGGUCCAGACUAUCCUUUGAAAUGCCUGGGAAUGCCCACCUGGAGCUGUCGUCCAUCAAGCCAAAACAAAAGGCUAGUCGGCGGCAUUCGGACACUUCCACGGCAGCAAAACCUGGCAAAAUCAGCCCCAGUUCUUCCCAGGUUCUCCCUGUGGUCACUCAGAAUGAGCUGAAAACAAUUCGGCUUCGCUCUGUCUCACGAGGUGAUCUCGAGGAUUUCCCGGACGGUGCGUCGGACACCAUCGAGGAAGAACAACAGUGUCGAGACUUUGGAGACGAUGUCAGUCCACCUCCUACUCUACCAAAACCUAAGCCACCUGUUGCAGUCAAACCCCCUUUGCCAAAGCGGCCACUCAACCUGCUUCUGAAGUCUCCUUCCCCAUCCUCGACACCCCCACUCACUUUGGACUCACCCCCACCGUCGCCUGUAGAGCGGCCUAUACCUUUAGGCAAUAUUUACAAAGUGAUGAAGAAACCCAAACCCAAAAAAGCACCGCCAAAAAGUCCUGCAAGUCCAUCAGUGAUCCCGGAUUCUAAUUCCCUGUCCACCACUCAUUCCAUGUAUGACCAGUGCCUCUUUGACCUCCCACCCCUUCCGGAACCACAGCCUCUCCUGGAAGACCCUGUCUUGGAGCCAGAAUUUGACACUGGCUUUCAACUGGGGCCAGAAGAUGGAGGCUCUCUACCUUCUCCUUGCAGUAACCAGGAGGCACCUGAGCUCCAGGACAAAAGCAAGACACUUCCCUCGAGGAUGACUAUCUCCUGUUUGGCAGAGCUCUCCGACAAAAAGAAACCCAAGGUUCCACCCCCAGUUCCGAAGAAGCCUUGCCUCCUGCUUCUUCCUUCAUCUGUGCACCCCUCCAGUAAUGGCGGCACAGACCGCCAGACACCACAAACCGGCAGUCCGGUGGGCAUCCCGUCUCCUGGAGGAGCUUUCCUACUGGAAGACAUCCCGAUAAGUCCUUGUGCGCCUGAAAUGUCAACACAUGAUGAAAAUCACUUGGGAUUGGACGCUUUGAAGGAGUCUGUGCUUCACUCAUCCCUGCUGGAUUCUUCCUUCGCUGAGCUGGAAGGGAAGAUGGCCGCCACUGGGAUUGGGGCAGACGAAAGCGUGUCCUGCGACAAGACGGUGCUUCACAUUGUGGAGGAAACCGAUGAUGACUUCCUGACCAGCAACACGCCUGCAGCACACACCACCGAAGACCUGUUCACCAUUAUACACAGGUCCAAGCGAAAGGUUCUGGGUCGCAAAGAGCCUUCAGAUUCCUUCGGAAGCCGGCAGAGUCUAAUGUCCCCAGUCAAGCAGAGCGCCGACUUACGGAACCUCACCAUGGGCAGCAGCCAGAGGUCCAGCUCUCGCAAUGAGAACUUCAUGGCCCUGCUGCAGAAGAAAGGCAGCAAGUCUUCCGGCAGCGGGGCCAGGGUGUCUGCCGCCGAACUUCUCAAAAGCACAAACCCUCUGGCACGACGAGUCACCGAGUUCUCCAGCGGCGCUACCUCAGGUAGCGAGGGGCCAGAGGUGGAGUCCGGCGGUCAAGGCAAACCAAACGACCAGUGAGAAAAAAACCAACGUUAUCCAAGUCUGGAUAAGCUAGCAAGCAGCUGCUUCGCUCCAACUACAGGCUGAGCAUUUGCAACGUCCAAUCCCAUUGGAGCAGCACUCUGUUGGACAAAAUGGUCCCUCACGUGGUUGGAGCCGUAUUAUUCCCUGUCAUAGUGGAUCUCUCAAGGUGAAUAUGAAAGAGUAUGGAGAAGGAGAAUAUAGGAAUAUAACUACUGGAUAUCUUUUCUCCUGAUGGUGACUACCUACAUGCACCACAGCAUCAAGCGUCUUGUCGGGAACCAUCCAGAAUCCAUGUAUGACUCCUUCACAGUUCAACCAAUCAGGGCAUGAAGUGAAGACUUGCUUCUUGGCAUGCAAAAGACAGAUCAUUAAAGAUUGACAGAUCUUGAAAGAUGACAUUUAAUCAUAAAGCACUUUUCUUAAUUUUUUUUUUUUUUUUUGAGAGGCCGUUUACACAACUCAUUCCCUCCAGGCGCACCCUGAAAUGGUGUUAUAUAUUUUUUUUCACUUGUUUAGUGUUUUUUUUUGUUUUUUUUUAGAACAAACACAUGAUUAAGAAUCAUGCAGAGAACAUUUGCAGACACCGCGUGUGUGACGGACGUCACACGUACACACAAAGAACAGAACAGUCUGCACAAGCGUAUAUAUACGCACAAAUCGUCAUCACGCCUGCGGAGUUUCUGCAUGGAGAGCAUGAAGCAGGUUCGGGGGAUCAAACAGGGUUUUGUUUUUUUUUUUGUGUCGUAUGUGGUCUCCAGUGACGGGAGUGAAGGACUGCCAAUGAACCAGACCAGAGGGGACCUGAGGGUGUGUGAGAGCAUGCAUGCUCGCAUGUGCUUGUGUGUGUUUACUCGUACGCCAUCAACCACCGCCGGGUCAUCGCUUGAGUGAGUGGUGACCGGUUCACCUUUCACCGGCCCCUCCAUGCACUUCCACACUUUCAUGUAGCAUCUCCUCUUCCUCCCGUCCCAACCUCUCCAAUCACGUCCCCCAUUAACCUUCCCCUCGUCUUUCCUCUGCCAAUUGUCAGACGAUAGUGGGUGAAUUUCAAUAAGUAGACAAAAACAUGCUCCUCCCUGCUGCUCUGGAUGCUUUGGAUGGGUAAAGGUGGCAUCCCAGUUUGGACUCAUUGUGCCACCACUGUCAGAGCUCCCUCUAGUGGGUGGAGGAUGUAGAGCCACACAUUAGGACAGCAGUGAAAGUGCUCUCCUCUCUGGUUAUGAUGACUUGUCAAGUGGUGCUUCUUUUUUUUUUUGCUUUUGGAAUAUUUUGUGAAUGGAACUGUGUUUGUUUUGCCUUGUAUACCACAAUUUGGGUACGGUACCCACUGUGUUUUUUUUAUGUUGUAGAUUAUUUUUUUUUUACGUGCACCCCUUUCCACCAAUUCCUAUAGUACACUUGCCGACACAGGCGUUGCAGACUGAGGAGUGAUGCUAAUUUAUGGAAAAAUACAAAUACAAAAAAUUUGGCUUGGACAUCAUUUUUGUCCUCCCACCCCCACCAACAAGGCAGCCCUGUAAGUGACACUGCGACAAUGGGACCGGAUAAAUUGAAUAUUUAACACAUGAUUCCCUCUUUGGGAGAGAAGAGGAUGGGAAAAGUCCUGAGGUUGGAGGAUGUGUAAUCCCCACACUGUCACAUUUACACCUCCUCAAUGUGUGUAGGGGCAGGAGGUGUCUGUCUUUCCUCCCAGUAAAGGAUGAAUCCAAUGGUUUCUUGUCAAAUAAUUUGCAUCAUUUGGAGGCGUUGUGAAGUUUGGGGUCAUUUUGAGUGACCUCUAAUUAAUUAAUAGGACACGCGUGUGUUGCAUAAGAUAAUCCAACAGCACACUCGAGGUAGUAAUACGGGCCAAAGAGUAUAUUUGCCUCCUCACUGCCAAAUUGGGGGUGGUGUAGAGUGAAAAAAAAAGAUAGAGACGGAUAAUUAUUGGAUAAUUAUUCUAUUUUUGUUAUUUUUAUUGCAAAAAGACAUAUUUAAAUGAUUAUUCCAUGUAUGUAUAGUAUUACCCUGCCCCCCUUCCUCCAAAUGCAGUGGUUUGGUAUUUAGGUGCCCAGAUGAGCGCGUCGCAGCCUGACCAGUGAAAUUAUUCCAUCAUAAAUAAAUUAUUUUUCUUGUGUAAAAGUGCUGUAUGUUUAUGUUUUUCCAGUGAAAAUACUGCAUUCUUUCUCAAACUGCUACUUUGGUUUGUGUUCUUGUUGCGUUGUAGUGACAUCUAGUGGUUGUGAGCGUCAGUGCAGCCAGGUUGGCCAAACAAGGAAAUAACCAUUUCUGUUUAGUCAAUGGCGGCUGGUGAUUUGGUGCUUCAGCGGGGGCUUGACGAGACAGAGAGGGCCAGUUAAGCCGUGAGCCUGUGUUUUUGAGAGAAGAGCUAACAAAUAAACUAUUCUAAUUUUCUCAUUUACUAAUCUCAUCAAAUACAAAAGAUAAAACACGUCGAUAAAUAAGCAUGGUAGGUGUGCAACAACAGUGCCGUCAUUUAUAUUAAGCAACACACAAACAUAAACCCUAAUGAAGUCACCCACGCAUGUCCGACACGAUAGAGUGAAAAAAAGUUCCUGUAAUGUGGAAGUG